CGGAGGGAAAUUUAUUUCUAAUCUUUUUUUCUUUUCCUUCAUUUCUUCUCUUAAUCCUUUUUUCUUUCUGCUCUUCCAUAAUCCUCUUUUGUGAUGACGGAACGAUCCAGUCUACUCGAUCGACGCCGAACGAGCAAUAAUCACACUUAUAAUACUCUCAAUGUCCCUUUACCCCCACCCUUUGAAGAUUUACCAAACUCCGCCCCACCGACCGCCACCGUUUUUCACACAUCGUCUCAGGGCACUCCCGCCGUCAGUCCACGAGGCGAACAUCGGUUCAGAAUCUUCAAUAAACGCACAGGGUACUAUGACGACGAUCGUCAAGGAUUGGUGAAAGAGAACACAGGUGUCAGAGUAUGGAGCGAAUCCUACUCCAGUAUAGAUUGGAUCCACGAUCGUAUCAAGGAAGGGGUUCGUUUACGAAAAUUGCGCGAUGGACCGGGAUUGCGAGGUCAAUGGGAGAAGGCCAAAGAUGCAUCGCAAGCGUGGAUUUUGGUCACGAUCAUUGGAGUCACGGUUUCUGCCUUUGCAUGGUUCAUUGAUGUCGUGCAGGAAUGGAUGUCGGAUCUCAAAGAAGGCUAUUGCACCACUCACUGGCGCUAUAACCAUAACUUCUGCUGCUGGGACAAAUCAGAAUAUGAAGCAUGCUCCGACUGGAAGAGUUGGUCAGAAGUAUUCAAUGUGGAGACAAAGAGCUAUGGGAUUUAUGUGUCCUUUCUCAUGUAUACGGGAUUUGGUUUGCUAUUUUCACUGGUGGCGGCCCUGAUGGUCAAGUACUCUGCGGAAAAGGUAACGACCCGCGUUCCAUCCAAACCGGCUCCAUUUUCGAAAUCGCCUUCGCUCGCCUCAAUGCCACGUGAUAUCUAUGUGGACAAUACCCCGACGAUGUUGAAAUCCAACGAGCCAGAGUACAAGACGGAGACAAAAAUUGCUUAUUACAGUGCGGGUUCGGGCAUUCCUGAAGUCAAAGUGAUUCUGGGCGGGUUUGUUAUCAAAGGCUUUUUAGGGAUCAAGACCCUGAUGGUGAAAAGUGUUGGCAUGAUAUUUUCUACAUCAGCCGGCCUCACCUGCGGAAAAGAAGGUCCCUUUGUUCAUCUCGCAUGUUCUGCCGGUAAUAUCGCAUGCCGUCUGUUUGCCAAGUUUAACAAAAAUGAAAGCAAGCGUCGCGAGAUUCUGUCUGCUGCGGCGGCGGCCGGUGUAUCCGUGGCUUUUGGGGCUCCCAUUGGUGGCGUGUUGUUUAGCCUGGAAGAAGUCAGUUACUACUUUCCUAUCAAGACCAUGAUUCGUAGUUAUUGUUGUGCUAUGGUAGCCGCCACCAUGCUAAAGAUUGCGGACCCAUUUGGUACGGGAAAAAUUGUGUUGUUUCAAGUCCAUUACGAUAAAGAAUAUCAUUUGUUUGAAAUGGUUCCUUUCAUUUUGUGUGGUGCCUUUGCGGGAUUUUUUGGUGCAUUCAUGACGUAUUUCAAUAUCAAGUAUCAACAUUUCCGCAGAUCCACCGUCAUCGGCAAAUGGCCCGUGGCCGAAGUCCUUGGUAUCAUGUUGCUGACAGCCAUCAGCGGCUUCUGGAAUCCUUUUACAAGACUAAGUCUCAGCGAAUUUGCCGCUAACCUCUUUUCGGAAUGCUCUCCUAACAAUGAUAAUGCCGGACUUUGUGUGAUGACGACCGGCGAGAUUCCACGUAUUCUGUAUCUGUUAUUUACCGCUUUGAUCAUCAAAAUGGGACUUACGAUUAUUACGUUUGGUUGCCGCGUCCCCGGUGGUAUCUUUCUGCCGGCGCUUGUUAUUGGGGCAGUCACCGGUCGCAUCAUCGGUUUAAUUAUGCAGUAUUUGACCUUGACCUAUCCCAACUUGUGGCCCUUUACGGUGUGUGCCGAAGAUUUGGCCACGCGUGGUGAAUGUGUGAUUCCGGGCGUCUAUGCGAUGGUAGGCGCGGCCGCAGGCUUGGCAGGAGUCACUCGCACCACAGUCUCUCUGGUCGUGAUUAUGUUUGAACUGACUUAUUCGUUGACUUAUGCUCUGCCUAUUAUGAUUGCAGUGAUGGUGGCGAAAUGGGUAGCAGAUGCGAUGUUUGUGGAAGGAAUUUACGAUCUGUUGAUUGACUUGGGGCAGUAUCCUUAUUUGGAAGCACGCAAGGAAUAUGUGCAUACAUUGACGAUUCCGGAUCUGACCGAAUAUUUACCGGUGAUUGAUGUGGAUCAAACCAUUACCGUGGAGAAAAUACGUCAAAAGAUGGACAUUAUUGCCUCGUUGGGAUAUCGCGAAGACGGCGGGUUUCCUAUUUUGAGCAGCACCAAUGGACUCGAGGGAUACAUUGCAACAAGUGAAUUGACCCAUGCGCUUGACCAGUUAUUGUCAUCCUUUGAUGGUAUUCCCAUGAUCUCUGAUCAAGAUAAGAACGACUUGCCGGUUUACUUCCGAAAAUCAAGACGUCAUCCAACCGAAGAACAACAGCCAACUGGUAUUGGCGCUCUGGUGGCAUCCAUCAUGGAAGAAGAAGAAGAUUACACGGGUCAUCAACCCUUGAAUGACUUUUCACAAUACGUCGAUCAGGCACCGUUAACGAUCAACCAGCAUGCUUCCAUGGAAUUACUGAUGGAGAUGUUUAUUAAACUGGGAGCGCGUUAUGUGUGCGUGACGCAGUCCAAUGGCCGGUUCCUGGGUAUCAUCCACAAGCGACGACUGUUGGCUUAUCUGAAGGAACUCGAUGAGGACUGAAACCCCGCCUCCACCGCUUUCCCAUUGUAAUUUUUGUUUUUGUUGCGUUUGUUUUAAUUAGAUGUUGCUUGCACAAAAUGGGGUACCAGGUCCCCAUUGGGCCACCCUGCCAUGGAAGGACAUGUGCGGUUGUAAAUGAUUUUGCUGGUACCUUUUUUUCUGAUCGUAUAUAAUUGUUUAUUUUUUUUGUUAUUCCUUUUCAUACUUAUAUCGCCUUUCUCGAUAUUUUAUACUUGUGUGUCUCCAUGGUUUUCUUCUCGAAGCAAGAAAUUGACACUCGCUGAGUGAGACAGAUUGCUACAAAGCAAAAACUCGAUCGAGCCUUUGCAAAAAUGUGAAUAGA